CAGACAGCUUCUCAGUUGUGAACCGACAUCCGCGCGUUCCAAAUACAAAUCGAAUACUACAUUAAAAAAUACUGAUUGACAGAUCACGAUAAUUGACUUUUUUAUUCGCGUCUCAGUGGCCAGUGUUAAGUGCGGUGACCAAAAAGGUUGAAGAACAAGUGUCAAAAAUGGAUUCGGACAUCAGCAAGCUGCAGACGAAAAUCCCUCCUAAAAACUUCUCCAUAGAAUCCAUAGUCGGCUUCAACGACCGCCGCUCGCCAGACAUCGACAUCGAAAACAACAUAUCCCAGGAUUACUCCAGAAACGACAUAAACUCUGAAGACGAAGAGAAACUAAAAGACAGCAAAAUGGGGUAUUAUUUUCCGCAGAAUCGCGUGCCGAAUUUUCCGUUUUUCAUGUCGUAUGACAAGAGGGUUUUGGGGGGUGGUUUUCAAAAUGGCGGCGACGGCGGGAGGCUGGCGGAGGAUCUGAAGAGAGGGUCGAGUCCGGCAAGCGUCCGAAGCGAGGUGGACAGCGACGGCAUCGACGACCGGCCGCAUGAAUCCCUGAGCCCUCAAUCGGAACAGACCAACCCAAACUCAGCACCCGACCCCAAUAUCAGACGAUACCGCACAGCGUUUACAAGAGAACAACUAGCCAGACUAGAGAAGGAGUUUUUCAAAGAGAACUACGUGUCGCGACCAAGGAGGUGCGAACUCGCCGCGCAACUCAACCUGCCAGAAUCCACCAUCAAGGUAUGGUUCCAAAACCGAAGAAUGAAAGACAAGCGGCAAAGAAUAGCUGUGGCAUGGCCCUACGCCGCAGUAUACAGCGAUCCUGCAUUCGCGGCUUCUAUCCUGCAAGCGGCCGCUUCAUCCGUAGGUUUACCCUACGGUUACCCGUCGCCAGGACUCUUACCCCCCUUCCACAACCCCGUGUUGCCCGGGGGAUACCCUUACCCCCCUUACCCGAGGUAUCCUUACAUGCCCACAGCUCCUACACAGUCCGAAAGCUCGCUACGGCCGGCACCGUACCCCAGUUUUAAUAUCAAUGUAGAUAAGUAAGUUGGUUUUGAGUAUGUGACAUAGACUGUUGUGUUAGCUUCUGUGGAAGAGGAUAUAGAACUUUAAGAUGGUAUUACAUCUUUCAAAACUUUCAAGGAGUCAAGGGGUUAUCCAGCUUCAAGAAAACUGUAUGCGCUAACCAUUACUUUAUCUCGAUGUAAUAAACGUACAUCGCGACCGCUCCCGUUUUCCGUCAAGUAAGAGUGACCUCUUAGUUGUAGGUUGUAAGUACAAUAUAGUUAGUUACAAGUAUUUAUUUAAAAGUUAGUUGAGUACCUAAUAGACUUCUACAGUUAUGUACGCGUAAAUAAAUGAUUGUUAUUGUUAUGAGUUUAAUGAAUUGGAAAAACUUGAAACUCCUUUCAUUAUUUUUCUUCGACAGUAAGUAAUUUUACUCGCUAUUAAAUGUUCAUUCCAUCUGUAAAUACAUAUGUAGUAUUUAAGUUUGUAAUAUAGACAGCUCAGUUUUGUGUUCAAAUAUUAGAUACUUUAUUAAAUAUGUACUUACCCAGUUGAAAAACCUACAUAUUAAUGUAUGAU